CACUAAAAAAAAGGUAAACAAAUAACAAUAAAAUGCGUCGACAAACAUCACGCUUUAUAAACAGUCAAAACAUCCUGUUCCUUGUAUCGAGCUGGUUGUGACCAGUUCACCAGCUUUUCCUCCGAAACGACGCGAGCUACUGAGGAGUGAAGUUUCGUAGCGCGAUGCUUACGAGCCGCUGCUUGCACGGGUGGGUGUGGCCGUGACCCGUGACGGCACCGCCUCGUUCCUGUACCUCGGGUGCACUCAUGUCUCAGUCUCAUCAGUGCCGCGCGCCUCGUCCUCACAACGCGUUCACCUUGAGAGAGGAGCCGCGCUGUAAGUGAAACAAAACCAUAAACUAGGAUUUGUUUUUAUUUAUUUAUUUUUUUUGCUGUCUGACUCUACCUGGACAGAAAAAGGGGACGGAAAUAAACAGCAAGAGGAGCAACUUAUUAAACAGGAUCAAUGCAGUGGCUGCAGACAACUAUUUAAAGAUGACCUCACAGAGCUUUUCAGAUUCACCUCAAUUGUAUCGUAAUGAAGUACACUACACGUGUCACAACAAGACGCACAUCGAACCGACCGAGACCAGAAUGAUCAGCGCCAUCAUGUUCGGCGCCGGCAUCUUCGGCAACGUGGCUGCUCUGUUGAUCCUAGAAAUCCGCAGACGCAGGAACAAUAAGGCCGGGAACGCCCGGCGGCGUGGCCUGUUCCACGUCCUCAUCACGUCUCUGGUGCUCACGGACCUGGCUGGGACCUGCCUGAUCACCCCCCUAGUGCAGCUGUGUUAUUCGUGGAACACUACCAUGAUUGGGAUGUCUUUGUCUGGCAGCGUGUGUUCAUACUUUGGCGUCAGCAUGACCUUCUUCAGCCUGGCCACCAUGGUGCUCCUCUUCAUGAUGGCUUUGGAGAGGUGCAUCGCCAUCGGGUACCCCUACCUGUACAGCCGACACGUCACCAAGAAAUGCGCUUACAUCACCAUCCCUCUAGUCUUUUUCUUAUGUACACUAUUCUGUCUGCUCCCUUUUGCGGGGUUCGGCACGUACGUGCAGUACUGUCCCGGCACGUGGUGCUUCAUUGACAUGAACCCAGAACAGCGAGAAGACCGGAUCUACGCCAACGUGUACGCCACCAUCAUGCUGGUGCUGGUGCUGUCUAUAGUGACAUGCAACGGGUUUGUGGUGUACCAGCUGUUCAAGAUGUACCAGCGUCGGAAGAAGAACGGCUCCGUGAAGACGAACUUGAGGUCCAACAGCGAGCGCAGGGCGGUGUCGAUGGCCGAGGAAGUGGAGCACCUGAUCGUGCUGGUCUUCAUGACCAUCAUCUUCAUCAUCUGCACGAUGCCUCUGGUGAUGCGAGUGUACAUCAACUCCAUCGAGAGUCGCAACGAAUCUCACCACAAGGACCUGAUCGCCCUGCGCUUCAUCUCCAUCAACUCCAUCUUUGACCCCUGGGUCUUCAUCCUCCUCUCCCCCAGCGUGCUGCACUUCUGCUGGGGCUCGGUGUGCCGGAGCCCCCUGGGAACCUCCAGGGGUUCCAUGUGUAAAACUUCGCUGGCUAAAGAAAGCGCCCCCGCCAACAUAGAAAUGACUGGCACAGUCCUGUACACUGAAGACUUUUGCAGUGUGGCAAACGUAUGAUGAGUGAUAUAUAUAUAUAUAUAUACACAUAUAUAUAUUUAUAUUUAUUGGACAUGAGGUGGGAAAGUGUGUUCUCAUGUGUGAUCACAGGACCUCCAGAUGUUUGGUGGGCCCGAGCAUGUCUCCUGUUUGGGUGGUGUUUAUCUGUUUUUAGGGAGCGUCCAUCAGAUAAUGGCUCCUGACACCUACGUGAUAAGCACCUCAGAGCAGCUCCUGCAGCUGUGGUCCACAUGUAGCAUUUCAGCUAAACGUAUGCAUGUCUGGUGCAUACCGGGGAGCUUUAUAUCGUUCAUAGAAAGGCUCAACAUUUAGCCUCCUGUGCUGCUUGUUUUUGGUAUCGGUGAGUCGUUUCAACGCAAAGGGCUGCUGAUGGGAAAGACAGUUGCGGUUUCACAAGAUCGAGUGUACACAGAAAAGUUUUGUUGUGCACCGAUACGAAACCGAAUGCAGCAAGAUAUUGAUUUGGUUGUACACACACAGAAACGAGGCCGGCCAACAGGAAACUCAAAAAUAACCACCAACCGCCUGUGAUUCAAAUGCUGCUUUCUAAACAGUUUCACUAGACGAGGGAAAGAUGAGACAUUACAAACAGACGAAGGGACGGAGGUCUGGAAAGUAAAAUAAAAAUAAAAAAGGGGCCGUGUAUUGUCUAGUCCACUGGUGGAGCCUAGCAACGGGGCAUGUUUCAAGUCUAAAUGUUGGCCCACUUAAACCCUGCUCCGAUAAGUAGUAGAAGUAGUUACUGGAUGUAACUCCAGUUCUGUGAGUACGUGUUUCUCUUUUGCAGCCCUAUCGGACCCCUGUUGGAAAGGUCAGGAAAAAAUAAAACACAAAAAAAAGCCGAUACUGACAUUUCAUUUAUAUGUAUACAAGUGUAUGUGUACAGUAUAUAAUAUAGCUCAUGAGACUUGAAAGCUACUGUACUUUUUAAGUCGCAGAUCUUGUCGCAUAAUCUGGCUAUAGGUGUAAUGCUUGAUGUAUUAAAUGAAUAAUCAUGAGUAAUUUAUAUAUUUAAUGUCAUAAUGUAAUGGCCGUAUAACUCACUCCUACAUAUUUUCAUUUCAAAGCCCAGACCUGAGGUCGUUUCUCUGAAUGAGUAGACACUCAAAUCACAUUCAAAUCAUAUUUGUAAAGUGGUUUUGUAAAACAGUGAGAAUGAUUCAGCAUGUUCCACCCACACGUGUGCACGCGCAUCCUCGUGCAUAACAAGGUAGCGCAUGUCCUCCACCAUGUUACCUAAUGUUAUUUGGCAAAAAAAACAAACAAAAUAAACUGGGAAAGAACUCACUUUAAGACUAAUUGAACCCAAUUAGUUUUACGAGGAAACAUUUCGAGGUGUUGCUUUUACAUAAUGUGACUCAGAUUCAACCUGAUGUAGGGUGUGAAUUAGUCAGUUUGAGGUUACCUACCUACACAACCACCCACCACCCUAGUACAUCAUUACCAAUAAAUCAGAUGAGACUACUGAGUGUCUUGGAAAAAGCUCUCCCAUUUGUUUAUUGCUUUUGCAUACUUGUAAAAAAGCAACGUGGUGGAUUCCUGCUGGGUUAAAUUACACAACACUCUGGGGAACUGUUACUAUUAUUACAGCAUCUCUUCCUUUAACGCUCAAGUGUCUGGCAAGAAAAUAAGCUACAAGUUUUUUUUUGUUUUUUUUUUUUGUUUUUUUUCCUGGUCGUAAAUAUCUUGAAAGAAAAAACUGAAACUAUUCAGUCCUCAAGUGUGUAGAGUGUGAGGAAAGGCUCUCAAUGUGCCACUUUCAGAGGACGGGUGAAAACCUUGUGAGCAUCAGGUAAAACUUCAUUAUCGAGUGCGUGUCCGUGUGUGUGUGUGUGUGUGUGUUUGUGUGUGAGGAACGGGGUGGGAGAAAAACGGCACUGACAGCAGUAUUUGACUAUUGUGUUGUGAGAACAGAUGUUUGUUGCCUCUGUCGGUUUAUUGUAUUUUCUGAGCUCAGCAACAAAAUAUUCAGUGUUUACGACAGAGGCUGCUUCCUGUCGGCCUUGUGUGAAUUUUGCUUCCAUCUUUGUGCGCGUGCUUCUUCCUGUCGUGGUUUUCGUGCCUAAUGUAAGUGCGAAGCUCGUGCGUGCGUAUGUGAUAAAGACAGCGAAAUGUAUUGUAAGUGAUCAAACAAUGUGUAAUGAUGUCAAACAGGAACGCGACCUAUCUGUGUGUGUGUGUACCUCUGUUAAGUACUGUACAUGAAACUGAAUGCACUGAGUGCGUAUGUGAGUAUUUUAUGGCUUGUGCACAUAAACAUCUCAUCCACCAAA